AUGGAGGCACGCCACCCGUUAGAACCUUUAUCACCUGUGGAAUUGGAACGUGUAAUAAAAUUAUUGAAAGCAGGGAAUGAUAAAGUAACUCCGACUACACGAUUUGUAUCCAUUAGUCUACGAGAACCACCAAAAGAAAAGAUACUCAAUCCAACAAAUGAAUUACUUUCACGUGAAGCUGAUGUUGUUCUUUUCGAUAACGGAACAAAUUCAUGUUAUGAAGCGUCCGUUUCACUUGAAGGCGAAGGCAGUAUUCUAUCAUUUGAACAUAUUCCUGGUGUACAACCAACAAUGACUGCUGACGAGCAAGUUGAAUGUGAACAAGCUGUACUUCGGUCUGUUGAAUUUCAAGGAUUAGUUCGUGAACAUUAUGGCGUCAAUGAUAUCAAUCUAGUUAUGGUUGAUAUAUGGUCAGCUGGUUAUUAUGGAAAAGAAGAAGAACGUACACGUCGAUUGGCAAGACCUCUAUGUUUUGUCCGAUCAGAUCCAACAGACAAUGGAUAUGCACAUCCCAUUGAAGGUUUACGACCAGUUGUGGAUCUUAAUUUAAUGGAAGUUAUACGCAUUGAUCAAUAUAAACAUUAUCCUCUACCUCCGCUCAAUUGUAAUUACUCAUCAGAUAGAGUAACUGAUACUCGUCAAGAUAUUCGACCAUUAGAAAUUAUUCAACCUGAGGGUCCAAGUUUUCAAGUCAAUGGUAAUCAAGUAUCAUGGCAAAAAUGGUUCUUUGUUAUUGGUUUUACAAUACGGCAAGGCUUAGUUCUUCAUAAUAUUACAUAUGACAAUCGAUCAGUAUUGUAUCGAGCAGCUCUAAGUGAAAUGGUUGUACCUUAUGGUGAUCCAGCUGAACAGCAAGCACGAAAGAAUGCUUUUGAUUGUGGUGAAUAUGGAAUUGGUUCUUGCACAAAUAGUCUUGAACUUGGUUGUGAUUGUCUCGGUCAUAUAAAAUAUUUCGAUGGUAAUAUUUUUGCAAGUCGAGGUGAAUUAUUAGUUAUCAAAAAUGCAAUUUGUCUUCACGAAGAAGAUUAUAGCAUUUUAUGGAAGCAUACCGAUCGACGAUUCAAAAAACCUGAAGUUCGACGUAGUCGACGACUCGUUAUUUCAAGUAUAGCAACAAUUGAGAAUUAUGAAUAUGGUUUUUAUUGGUAUUUAUAUCAAGAUGCUAGCAUUCAUUUUGAAAUUAAAUUAACUGGCAUUCUUUCAUUAGGAACAUUACCACCUAAUAUUAAAUCUCCAUAUGGUCCAUUGAUUGCUCCUCAAUUAUAUGCGCCCAAUCAUCAACAUUUCUUUAAUAUGCGUCUUGAUUUAGCUAUUGAUGGUAGCAAGAAUACAGCCUAUAUGAUUGAUAUUGAAGCUGAUCCAGAUGACGUUGAACAUAAUCCGUAUCAUAAUGCGUUUCAAGCAAAAAAAAUUUGUCUUGAAACAGAAAAACAAGCACGCAGCCAUUUAUCUUUAGAAAAAGGGCGAUCGUGGAAAUUCGAAAAUAGUUCUGUUCUCAAUAGUCUUGGUGAACCAACUGGUUAUAAAUUACAUCCAGGAGAAAACUGUAUACCGUUUGCUUCAUCCAAUGCAUGGUGGCGUAAACGAGCUAGUUUUGUUGAUUAUCAUGUAUGGAUAACACCAUAUAACGAAAAGGAAAUGUUCGGAGGAGGAAACUAUCCGAAUCAAAGUCAAGGUGAUGAUGGUUUAUUGAAAUAUACUGAACAAAAUCGUCCAAUUGUUGAUACAGAUAUUGUACUUUGGUAUACAUUAGGUGUUACACAUAUACCGAGACAGGAAGAUUAUCCUGUUAUGCCUGCUACUGUUGCAGGCUUUUCUCUUAAGCCCAAUGGAUUUUUUGAUAUGAACCCAUCGAAUGACAUUCCGAAGCAGAUUAAAAAAAUGACGGAAAAUUGUUGCGAAAAUAAAUGA